AUUUUAUGCAAAGGAAGCUUCACAAAGCCCUCCCUGCAUGUUGUGAGGAAACAUUUAUUCACACCUGCAGUAAAUUAUCAGCUUUAGUUCCCUUUGAGACUCGCUGAUGGUCACACAGCAGCAAAAUGUCUGAAGACAAUAUAACAUACACUGAUGUGACGUUUAAAAAAACAACAGCCAAAGCAGAUGCUUUGCCAUCAUCAGAUGACAUCACUUACUCUGAAAUCAAGAUUGAGAAAUCAGAGCUGCAUGGUCCUUUUCCAUCGUCAGGCAACUCCACACAUCCUGAAGUCAAGACUGUGAAAUCAGAGCUGCCAGGAUUAAAGCAACAAGCCGGGUCAAACAGGAAGAGUCAUGUGACCUCAGCGCGAGCGGCGCUGCUGGUUCUCAUCCUUCUUCUGGUAGCUGCCGUCGUCAUUCUCGGAGUCACUGUAAUGAACAACUCAGUAAUGGAAAGGAUCUCUCACACUGAAAACAAACAACUCAAAGAGGAGAAUGAAGCUCUGAAGAAAAAUCUCUCAGGAAACGGAGUUCAGACAAGACCACCAAGUCCAACAUGUCCUACAUGUCCACCAUCUACAACAUGUCCACCACCUCCUUCCUGUCCACCACCUUCAACAUGUCCACAACCUCCUUCCUGUCCUCCACCUUCAACAUGUCCACCACCUCCUUCCUGUCCACCACCUUCAACAUGUCCACAACCUCCUUCCUGUCCUCCACCUUCAACAUGUCCACAACCUCCUUCCUGUCCACCACCAUCAACAUGUCCACCACCUCCAACAUGUCCUCGUCCUUCUACAUCUCCACCACCUGGACUAAACCUCAAUGAGAAAUGUCUGAAGUGUGAAGCAGGCUGGGAGCUUCAUGGAGUAAAGUGUUAUUAUUUCAACACCACUAAAUCAUCCUGGAAGGACAGCAGAGAUGGAUGUAAACUUAAAGGAGGAGACCUGGUGAAGAUAGACAGCAGGGAGGAGCAGAUAUUCCUGGAGGCAAGACUGAGAGAGAAAAUGGAGAAAGAUGAGGACAAGUUCUGGAUCGGACUGACAGACUCAGCGGUAGAAGGAACAUGGUUGUGGGUGAACGGAUCAUCUCUGGACACAUGUUUGAAGUUUUGGAACAGCAAUGAGCCGGAUAACUGGAUAGGAGAAAAUCCUGAUGGAGAGGACUGUGUGAGGAUGGGGGAGAAAGGAGGAGCUGCUGAUCUGAAGUGUUGGUUUGAUCAAAACUGCAACGUUCUUCAAAAAAGUAUUUGUGAGAAAGCAGCAUGAUGAAUUUAAUCUGUAAGAAGUUAAAGUUCAGUUCAGCUUCUAAAACAAUCUCAGUUCAGGAUCCAGAAGCUGCAGCGAUGCUGUUUUUAUAAAUCUAAACAUUUACAGCCACAGUCUACUUUUAUUAAAGAAGGGUAAAGAUUGUUCAUCGUAUUGCCCUAUAAGUCUUUUAAAUGUCGAUUUCAAGCUUUCAUCUAAAGUUUCAGCUUUGCAUCUUGAGCCUGCCUUGCCUUCUGUAAUUAAGCCGGAUCAGACUGGGUUUUAAUAAAAAGAAAGACUCAUUUUCUGAUAUUAUGCAGCUGAUUAAUAUUAUUUACAAACACGUGAAGCUUCUCAGACAUGUUGAAAGAAACAAAAAUAGUUUAAAAUACUCUGAAUCAUGUUAAGUGAUUUGUUUUUUAUUCAUCUAAUCAUAAUGUGCUACAACAGCAGGGAGGCCUUUGACAUAUAUUAAACUAUUUUAAUCCAUAAACUGUUAUGUUUGCUCUUUUUUCUUCUUAAGUUACAAAUUAUUACCGACAUGUGGGGAAAUUGUUUGCUGGUGGUUUUAAAGUUUCAGAGAAAUUGUGACAUUCAUUUCCUGUGACAUCAUUUGCUGCAAGUAAAUACUCAUGUUCAAUGAAUUAAGAUGAUU